AUGAUUAUUCUAAUCCAGCGAAGCAAAAAAGAAAACGCACAAACAGAAAAAAAAAGUUUCAUCCCCACUAACCUCGUCCUGCCACCACCCCGAUUCCCCACCAUCCCGAUCCGGCGCGCCUCCACCCACCGCCGCCAGCCGCAGCGCCCCCCCCCCCCCCCCCCCCCCCCCCCCCCGCCCCCCCCCCCCCCCCCCCCCAGCCCCUGCCGUCGGCGGGGCCUCCCCCCAACCCCCACGAGCCACGUCCUCCCGAGCUACCCAAUUCACCGUCGUGGUCCGCCUCAACCUCCCACCAGCCUCCUCCCGUGCCGCCGCCGCUGGCCUCCUCCCGCCGGCCUCCUCCCACGCUACUGUCGGCCUCCUCCCGUGCCGCCGCCGCUGGCCUCCUCCCGCCGGCCUCCUCCCACGCUACUGUCGGCCUCCUCCCGUGCCGCCGCCGCUGGCCUCCUCCCGCCGGCCUCCUCCCACGCUACUGUCGGCCUCCUCCCGUGCCGCCGCCGCUGGCCUCCUCCCGCCGGCCUCCUCCCACGCUACUGUCGGCCUCCUCCCGUGCCGCCGCCGCUGGCCUCCUCCCGCCGGCCUCCUCCCACGCUACUGUCGGCCUCCUCCCGUGCCGCCGCCGCUGGCCUCCUCCCGCCGGCCUCCUCCCACGCUACUGUCGGCCUCCUCCCGCGACGCUGCCGCCGGCCUCUCAAUCACGCAAGCUGUCGCCUCCAGGACCGGGAUGCAGGCCCAGGUCUCUGGCGAAGCCGCCGUCCAGGGGCCCGACGCCUUGGUCUCGUGACCUCCACGCUACCGUCGUCCUCACCACAAGCCACUACGGGCGCCGUCGCCCCCGGCCCUGCACUCCACCGCCGCACCCUGCCUUCUUCCCUCGGCAGCUGCUCCACAUUGCAUCCGCCCGACGCCGCGGCGCCCCCAACCCAUCUGCUUUCCCCAACGCCUGAACCUUCGUCUACUGGUUGACCUUCUCGCAAAGGCCACCUCGACCUUCUCGAGGAAGGUUGCUUCCGGGGAUCCGGCUCGCAGGGUGCACGCAAUCUCAUCCUAGCUUGUCGCUGUUGGGUGAAGAUCCGCCGGCCUGAAGACGCAAGAGGAGCAAAGGGGAUACAGAGCAUGUGUAGAACAUGGACUGCUCGCACGCGCCGCCACGGACUGCUUCGCUGCCAUCCUCGUCGUGCUGUGUCCACGGGGCUCCUUGACCCAUCGACGGCGACAACUGCACACAGCCCCUGCUCCUCAACUCCGACGGCCGUGCAGGCAGCCAUCCCACCUGGAGGCCGACACCAUGCUGGCUGAUUGCUUCCACUCACGUGCUUGCGAAUGGAUGGUGCCUGAGGAUAUUCAUUUGCUUUAGUGACUCGUAUGCUUCCGUGUCUACGCUCAUCCUGAGUAUUCUCCGUCUCUGGUUCAUGCGUACAUCAUAUAUUUGAUGCUAA